GCUCUCCAUAUUGAUAGCUUUUACUGCGAGUCUGAAUCACUCAGUUCACUCUAUACACUCCGUCUCGCUACCGCUUUCUCAUCUUGUAUCCGUGAGCUCUUCUCUUUCCGUUCAUCUUCCACCAAAAAUCGUGAUGGCAUAUCCUCUGCUAUUGCCUACCCAAUUCGGCUGCAUAUAGAUUGCGCUCAUGGAGUUGGUGCCUUAGUCUUCGCAAAACUAAAUGGCUAUCUUAUUGAGACUGGUUGCCCACUGAACUUCUGUCUGCAUAAUACACUAACCGAGAGGAAAGAAUUGCUCAAUCAUCGCUGCGGGGCCGAUUAUAUAAAGGUUUGUCUUCUCUCCAAUUGCAAAGGCCACUAA